GCAAAUUAAGUACAUACUAUGAUUCCUGUAAUAAAGUCUUCUACAGUUUAUUUCUUAAUAACAUUUUCUUCAAUAGCACAUGCGAGCAUUUCAAACUUUGCUGAACUUUAUAAGGAAAUUAAAGAUUUAAUAAAGAUAUCUGAAACUUACAAGAGAUUGGAAAAUAAUGAUCAAUAUUUCGCCAAUUUUGACAACAGUAAGGAGCCAUUGGAUUAUGGAACUUAUGACUAUAUAAUUGUCGGAGCUGGAACAGCGGGUGGUAUUGUGGCCAAUAGAUUAUCAGAAACCAGUUCUAGGGUCUUAUUAGUCGAGGCAGGCCCUCGAGAUCCGGAUACUGUGGCAGUGCCAGCACUUUCCCCGUAUUUUUUUAAUUCACCCUGGGAUUGGGGAUAUAAUACGACUGGACACCAAAUUUGUCUCGCAUCAAUCGACGAAUGUUGUAUUUUUCCAAGAGGUAAAAUGUGGGGUGGAUCAAGCAGCCUUAAUGGAAAUUUGUAUAGUAGAGGUACCAAGUGGGAUUACGAUUUAUGGGCAGAAAUUGUUAACAAUUAUGAUUGGUCUUAUGAAAAUAUUUUACCUUAUUUUAAAAAAGCCGAAAGAGCAAUGUUCGAAAUCGACUUGGAUAGAAAUUAUCAUGGCUUUAGUGGCCCCCAGUGUAUAGACUUGUUGCAAGAUACUCCAGGAUUGACUACAAUGCUGUUGCAAGCUUUUAAAGAAAGAGGUUCCAUUGAGUUGGAUUAUAAUGGUCGAAGCCCUUAUGGUGUAAGUAGGCAUCAAAAUUUUAUGGAUCGAAAUGUUCGUGCAGGAACUGCACAUUCUUACAUAAGACCAGCGAUUGAUCGACCAAAUUUGUUCAUAAGUGACAAUUCAUUGGUAACUAAAAUUAAAAUUGAAAAUGAUAGAGCAGUGGGUAUAGAAUUUGUAAAAAAUGGAGAACUAUAUAUUGCUCAGGCUUCAAAAGAAGUAAUUUUGUCUGCUGGUGCCAUAAAUACACCACAAAUUUUAAUGCUAUCUGGCAUUGGUCCUUCACAAGAACUUACAAAACAUGGCAUCGAACUUGUUAAAAAUCUGCCAGUGGGACAAAAUUUACAAGAUCACGUAGCAGUUAUUCCAUUAUUUUUCAGGACUGAUCACACGUACUACAAUUUUACACUAAAAAAACAACUAAAAUUAUGGUAUGAGAACAAAAGACCGUUGACUAAUGGCUUGGGAAAGCAAGUAAUUCACUACAGAAACCUAAGAAAUGAUACAAGUACUAGACCUGAUAUUGAAAUGCUUGGUGUUGGUCCAACUUUUAUAAGCAAUCGAAUUGCAACUUUCAAUAGAUAUAAUAAAAAAUAUACAUCUGCAUACCAAAUCCUAAACGAGCACACUGAUUUUGCAUUUCAAAUUUUUUUGCUACAUCCCGAAUCGAAAGGAGAAAUAACACUUCAAUCUAAAGAUCCACGAGAUUAUCCUUUAAUAAACUUCAAUUAUUUUGCCAUUGAAAACGAUUUAGAAACAAUAUACCAAUCAAUAAAGUGGUUGUUAGAAAUGCAAAAUACCAAAGCUUUGAAAAACUUUGUAGCAGAACGCUUGUUUGUGGCAAUGCCAGGCUGUGACGAAAAUUACGAAAUGGAUUCUAGAGAAUGGUGGUAUUGUAUGUUAAGACACGUUGCAUUUCCUGGCUAUCAUGCUAUGGGUUCGGCAAUAAUGCGUACAGGUCCCAGUAACUCUGUAUGCAAUCCAGAGCUUAAAGUUCACGGAAUACAAAAGCUCAGAGUUGCAGACGCUAGCAUUUUUCCAGUUACCAUUUCUGGUCAUACGACUGCACCUACUGUGAUGGUUGCAGAAAAAGUUUCUGAUCUUAUCAAAGCUGAGCAUGGACAAUAAAUACCCACUCGAUAUUAUUCACAUUCACUUGAAAGUUGAAGAUAGCUUCAAUACCUACAUCUUUAUUAUAAUAUAUUGUAUUUAAAAAUU